AUGUUGGCGGCGCAUCGUGACCAAGAGAACCUAGUUCUGAGCCAGCAGGUUCCAACGAAGCAGGGACAUAAUUCACGAUUUCCAAAGACGCCUUCUCGAUUUCCUCAACGUGAUGAGAACGCUCCAGCCGCCUUUACGGGCAAAGACGGGGUGAAGACUAUCAACAAAGGCAAUGGAACUCGACAGGCCAUGAUCACUCCUAUGGGAACCCGUAGUCGAGCUCCUCUGGGCAAUAAAACCACCAAUGCCAAAGCUAAGAAUGGGCAGUUGGGUGGUGUUAAGAACCUUGUUAAGGACAUCGAGCAGACGCAACUCAAGCCAACCGCACAGAAACCCAAGCAACGACCAGUCGAUCUUGCACCUCUCGAAAUUCGACUGAAAGAAGAGCAAAAGACUAUCGAACCACAAGAGGAGGAGCCUGAAUAUGCUCCACCAAAGCCAAAGGAUCUCCCCUAUGAAUCAGAUUGCUUUCCGAAAGAUAUGUUGACUCUGGACGGAUUGAAGAAGGGCAACCUGCUCAAGGGAUACUACCAACACUUUUAUAACCCAGUCGACGAUGAGGGUAUCUCUCGACAGGAUCGAGAAUUCGCGGAGACGAUGAAGAAGGUGGCAGCCAGGGCUGAGGAGAAGAACAAACGAGAGACAGACGCCUUAACUUUCAACAUCAACGACUUAUCAGACGACGAAGAACAGGUGAAGAAGCCUGCGUCCAAAACUAGUCUUCUAGACGCUUCUGAGCGCAAGACCAACGGUAUCCGUACCAAGCAACCUUCCAGCCUGGCUUCCAGACGUGCUGCCUCUGCUUUGUCGAUUCACUCAGAUACUAGUAGCAACAGCAAGGGCCCUACAAUGGCGCGGCCAACGGGUAUUCGAAAGCCUCUUACUUCCUCAUAUCAGGGCAGAAAUCCUGCUGGUCGGAAUAUCGUUCCUGCAAAGAGAUCACACGCUGAAAGCGCUACUGGCGAGGCUGCGUCACGAACCACUAUUGGCUACAAUCGUGGCCGAUCAGCAUCAUCUCUGAUCAGCGCUCGACGUUGUGGAACUGACGUCCGUGGGGGAACACAACGUCUAGUCAAGCCUUCGGGUACGGUGAGCCCUACCCAGUCAGAUCUCACUAUUACGCCAGCACGUUUCAGUCAGGCCGUCCAGAAGGACCAAGAGAUCAAGCCUCUACCUCAAUUCAUGUCAAUUUUUGACGAGGAUGGUGAUGAUGAUGACCUUCCCCCACUGAGCCAGCCACUCCACAUAUCCGAUGAUGAGGAUGAGGAGUUUGAGCUCAAAUUCGACUUUUGA